CGCGAGGAGGCGGAGCCGGCGGAGCGGCGCGGGCGGGCGGUUCUCUCAACUUUAGUUUUGGCGUCGGAGGCGAGUUUCUGUCUCAGUCGGGCGCAGCCGCCGCGGGGAAAAGAAAGGGAGGAAGGAAGGAAGGAACAAGAAAAGGAAGUAGGAGAGAAAAGGGGAGGGGACAGGCCGCGAGCCGUCCCGCGUCCGUCCGGGAGGGCAGGGGAGCCAGUUCCCAGGCGCCGCGGCUCCGGCCUCGCAGCCCCUCCCGAGGCGCAGCCGCCAGACCAGUGGAGCCGGGGCGCGGGGCGGGGGCGGAGGCGCCGGGGCGGGGGAUGCGGGGCCGCCGCGCAGCCCCCCGGCCCUGAGAGCAGGAGAGCGUCGCUCCGCCGCCCAGCGCCGCCCGCCCGCCGCCCGCGCCGCUUCUCGCGUCUGGGCCCGUCGAGUCCGGGGCGCCGGGCGGAGCCCUCGCCCGCCUGGUCGGGGUGCGCGUCGGGGAAGCAGGAACCAUGGAUCCCGGGCAGCAGCCGCCGCCUCAGUCGGCCCCGCAGGGCCCGGGGCAGCCGCCCGCGCAGCCCCCGCAGGGGCAGGGCCCGUCGUCCGGGCCCGGGCAGCCGGCACCCCCGGGGUCCCAGGCGGCGCCGCAGGCCCCCCCGGCCGGACACCAGAUCGUGCACGUCCGAGGGGACUCGGAGACCGACCUGGAGGCGCUUUUCAACGCCGUCAUGAACCCCAAGACGGCCAACGUGCCCCAGACGGUGCCCAUGAGGCUCCGGAAGCUGCCGGACUCCUUCUUCAAGCCGCCGGAGCCCAAGUCCCACUCCCGACAGGCCAGUACUGAUGCAGGCACUGCCGGAGCCCUGACUCCACAGCAUGUUCGAGCUCAUUCCUCUCCAGCCUCACUGCAGCUGGGAGCUGUGUCUCCUGGGACACUGACCCCCACAGGAGUAGUCUCUGGCCCAGCAGCUACCCCCACUGCUCAACACCUUCGACAGUCUUCUUUUGAAAUUCCUGAUGAUGUACCUCUGCCAGCAGGCUGGGAGAUGGCGAAGACAUCUUCUGGUCAGAGAUACUUCUUAAAUCACAUCGAUCAGACAACAACAUGGCAGGAUCCCAGGAAGGCUAUGCUCACCCAGAUAAAUGUUACAGCCCCCACAAGUCCACCAGUGCAGCAGAAUAUGAUGAACUCGGCCUCAGGUACUCUUCCUGAUGGAUGGGAACAAGCCAUGACUCAGGAUGGAGAAAUUUACUAUAUAAACCAUAAGAACAAGACCACCUCUUGGCUAGACCCAAGGCUUGACCCUCGUUUUGGUAAAGCCAUGAACCAGAGAAUCAGUCAAAGUGCUCCAGUGAAACAGCCACCACCCCUGGCUCCACAGAGCCCUCAGGGAGGAGUCCUGGGUGGCGGCAACUCUAACCAGCAGCAACAGAUGCGGCUGCAGCAACUGCAGAUGGAGAAAGAGAGACUGCGACUGAAGCAGCAAGAACUGCUUCGGCAGGUGAGGCCUCAGGCAAUGCGGAAUAUCAAUCCCAGCACAGCAAAUUCUCCAAAAUGUCAGGAAUUAGCUCUCCGGAGCCAGUUACCAACACUGGAGCCGGAUGGUGGGACUCAGAAUCCAGUGUCUUCUCCUGGGAUGUCUCAGGAAUUGAGAACAAUGACGACCAAUAGCUCAGAUCCCUUUCUGAACAGUGGCACCUAUCACUCUCGAGAUGAGAGUACAGACAGUGGACUGAGCAUGAGCAGCUACAGUGUCCCUCGAACCCCAGAUGACUUCUUGAACAGUGUUGAUGAAAUGGAUACAGGUGAUACGAUCAACCAAAGCACGCUGCCCUCACAGCAGAAUCGUUUUCCAGACUACCUUGAAGCCAUUCCUGGGACAAAUGUGGACCUUGGAACACUGGAGGGAGAUGGAAUGAACAUAGAAGGAGAGGAAUUGAUGCCAAGUCUGCAGGAAGCUCUGAGUUCUGACAUCCUAAAUGACAUGGAGUCCGUUUUGGCUGCCACCAAGCUAGAUAAAGAAAGCUUCCUUACAUGGUUAUAGAGCCCUCAGGUAGACUGAAUUCUAAAUCUGUGAAGGAUCUAAGGAGAUAAGACACACAUACCAGAAAUUUCCAAAUAAGCCAGUUGCGAUCUCCUGGCUAAUACAGAAAAGAUGAACAAACGUCCAGCAAGAUUCUUUCAUCCACUAUUUUGCUCUUCCUUGUCCAUUGCUGCUGUUACUAUAUUGCUGACCUCUUUCAUAGUUGGCCCUAAAGAAUCAAAAAAAGCCACAAAACUUUGUGUUUCUUUUGCUAUUAUAACUACUGUUUGUUUUGGGGGCUAGGGGAAGUGAACCUGUUUUGAUGAUGGAUGCCAUUCCUUUUGCCCAGUUAGAUGUUCACCCAUUAUUUUAACUAAAUAGACAGACCUGGAAGUCAGAUGCUUCAUGUCACCACAUUUAGUUUGUUUAAGCAAUUAUUUCUUCAGCUGCUUUUGGCCAGUGGAAAAACAUGACUUACUGGUCUGAUAAACCAAAUAUGUUGUGUCUGAUAUUAAGUACUUAAUGAUGAUUUGGAGAGAGAGCUGAAACCAAGGCUGAAGACUGUUUUACUUUCAGUGGGUUUUGUUUUGUUUUGUUUGUUUUUUCCUCCUAGUGCUAUAUCAUUAGUCACUUAGUGACUUUGAUUUUAUUUUAGGAGCUUAUAAGGCAUGAGACAAUUUCCAUAGAAAUAUAUUAAUUAUUGCCACAUACUCUAGUAUAGGUUUUGAUGGGUUUUUUAUUGUGGGUUCGUUUUGUUUUGGUUGAUUGGGUUUUUGUUUUUGUUUUUUUGUUUUUGUGGGUGUGUGUUUUUUCCUGGAACCGAGGCAAAUGACCAUAGUAGUGAAUCUGUUUAUAGUUGUAGCUGGGAUGGUUAUUAUAGUUUCUUUGGUAAAAUCUACAUUUCCUGAUUUUUUACAUUUUUAUUUAAAUCUUGAUUAUCUGCUCUCUACAUAUAUAUACAUAUGUGUGUGUGUGUGUGUGUGUGUAUAUAGAUAUAUAUGCAUAUAUCUAUAUACACACAUACAUAUACACAUACACACCCUGACACACUUAUAAUUUUAUAUGAUAGUGUGAUAGCAGAAUGUAUUUUUUUUUUUUUUUUUUAGGUUUCCCUACUUUCCAAUUUAUUUUAAAGUGGUAGUUUUGAAUAUAUGCAUUUAGAAUACAUGACUGAUAGUUUAUAUUUCACAGGUAGUUUAAAUCUGGUUGGGGCAGUCUACAGAUGUUUGAGGAAGUUUCAUGUUCUAGAAAGGCUGUUGUUGUGGAUAAUGCCUUAAGGAUAAUGCCCUCCGGGCACACAGUGAAUAUUAUCUGAUGAAUUUGAAAGUAGCAAACAGGAAAUGGCUAUAUUUUCCCCUUCUUACUCCCUUGGACUAAUUUUAAGUCUUGAUGGGCAAUCACUGAGUAGGUUCAUAAUGUACAUGACAGAAGUAAGCUUUAUGUGGUCAUGCACCUGCCUUUAGUUUUGGAAGUUUUACCUUCACCUUAGUUUUGGAAGUAAAUUCUAGUUAUUUUAGUUGUCAUUUGUUAAUGAUCAUUAACUACAUUGAAAUAUUGCCUACAAGACUAUUCAUAUAAGACUUGCUCCUACUUCUGUAUACUGAUAAUUGACCCUGGACAGUAUCAUACUGUACGGUCAUGCCUUAGCUGAUAAAGUAGUCAGAUUAACAAAUGUAUAUUGGUAGUUGACUUUAGCAAAGAAAUAGUGAUAAUCGUGAGUAUACUUUUAUUUUUACAGGAAGAGAUAUUACUAGAGUAUGUGUCUACAGGAGUAAUAAUGGUUUCCAAAGAGUAUUUUUUAAAGGAAAAAAAUGAGCAUGAAUCCACUCUUCAGUAUAAGCUAUGAAGGAAUAGUUGGGUGUGAAUUAUAGUGGCACCAGCUAGCACCUCUGUGAUUAAGGGUCUUUCAGUGUUCCUAGAGAAACCCUUAUUUUCAAGGGUUUAUAACAGGCAUAAAAUCUCUUUUCCUGGCUAAACCUGUUAUGAAAAGCCUCAGCUUGGGAAGAUAGUUUUUUGUUGUUUUUUUUCUAAUUACAAAACAUAAGUAUUUGACCCUUCAGUUUAGAGAAGUACAAAAGUUGGAAGUUUCGUAUUAAGUAUUUUCAGUGCUCAAAAACAAUGCAAUCUCUGUGUUGUAUAUAAGGAUUAAUAGGUCAAUCACUCAUAAUAAUUGACUCUAAGGCUUUUUAUUAAGAAAACACCAGAAAGAUUAAAUCUUGAAAUAAGUCUGGGGGAAAGUGGCCACUGUGCAAAUACAUUGAUUUUUUUUUUUAGAGCAAUAAUGAAAUUCUACUUAGAAUGCAUAAUUGAGUAUAUGGAUGAUAUAGCAUGUUGGGUUUUUAAUGUGUAGAAAAUAAAGCUAUUUGGAAGGAGUGCCUACAGUUUGCUAGUAAGCGGCAAGUCAAGAUCGUAUCUUAUAUAUCAGCAGAGUAGCUCUAGGUAAGGGAGGGGCGGGGAGGGGGUUGUGAAGACUUAGUGGGACUUUGAUAGAGAACUUUAUAACCUUUUUCUUCAGUAAGGACUUUAUCUUGCAUCUUGCUGUCAUUGAAGGCAGCUGUUCCUAAAAUUUCAAUCACUUAAGUGCACCCACAAAAUGAGACUAUGGAGUUCUUCAUUUCCCCUCGACUUUCAUUUGCCCAGUGAUACCUCAAUGUCAUGGCAGCACUGUGGUCCGAGACAGGCACAGAGCUCUGACCUUGUCUCCCUCUGCACUGACCUGAGGGAGACCUGAGUCCUUUCUCUUUCACAGCCUCAGUAUGGUCUUUCUUGUUUUAUGUCCUUGUUCCUAAUGUAAAAGUGUUUAACUGCUUCUUGGUUGUUAUGGGUGGCAUUGGGAUAAGAUUUUUAACUGGGUAUUCUUGAAAUGCUUUUACAAUAAACCAGUUUUUAUAAUCUUUAAAUUUUAUCAGCUUUUUACAUUUGUGUUCUUUUCAAUUAGGGCUAAGAUCUACUUAUGGUUGAUGGAGCACAUUGAUUUAGUGUUUCACAUUUUCCAAAGCACUAUUUUCUAUAAUAACUAUUUUCUAAAUAUAGUGCCUUUUUUGAAAGAAAAAAAAAAAGAACAAAGGAAAUGACUUUUAUAAAUAAAUAAUGUUGCUGUUUUAAGUAUUCAUAUUAAAUAGAUGCAUUCUGUAUGGAACUUUGACAAAAACACUGAAAGUAACAGUAAUUAAUUGUGUAAUUCAUAAUUCAUACCAAUCAGUGUUGAAACUUAAACCGUGCAAAGUGGAAGCCAAUAUCCAGUGAUUAACAACUUCAUAGCUUUUGCACAUCUGAGAAGUGAGUGCUCAGAUGAAUUUUAUCUUCAGCCAGCAUGUUUUUAUAAGAAUUGUGGGUGUGUCUAUCUUAACAAUUGUUUCUGUAUCUUGAAAAAGUAUCCUCCACAUUUUAAAUGUUUUAUACUAGAGAAUUCUUUAAUGCACACUUGUCAAAUAUAUAUAUAUAGUACCAAUGUUACCUUUUUCGUUUUAGAUGUAAGAGCAUGCUUAUCAUAUGUUAGGUACUUACAUAAAUUGUUACAUUAUUUUUUCUUAUGUAAUACCUUUUUGUUUGUUUAUGUGGUUCAAAUAUAUUCUUUAAACUCUA